CUCGAGAAACUGGGGGACCCGAUGCUGACCCGGAGCAGCUGGCCGCCAUCCUCAACAGGAAGGCGAUCAACGACGUCACCAGAUUCUGGCCUGAUGUCAACGGCUUCCCUCACAUUCCUAUACCUUUGAGGAUGACCUGGUUGACAAAGCAGCCGUCCGGAGCGCCAUUCAGCACUGGAUCGACAACACCUGCCUCACCUUCACCGAGGUCUCGAACACCAGCACUGGAGAACGCAUUAAGUUCAUCCGCCACGCUUCCUCCUGUAAACUCUUACGUGGGAAUGGUCAGCGGCAGCGGAGGACAGAUCAUCAACGUGCCUGUGUGGUGUGAGCAGUCGUUUGGCAGUCUGGUUCACGAGGUCGGACACGCCUUGGGCUGCUGGCAUGAGCAAUCGAGGUCAGACCGAGAUGAACACAUCCUAAUUCUCACACAAAACAUCAUAUCAUCGGCUGUUUAUAACUUUAACCUUAUGACGACCAACAAUUAUGGUGUGCCGUAUGACUAUCCUCAAUUAUGCAUUCGAUGCGCAG